AUGUCGUCUUUGAUGAUCGUUCGUGUGAACAUGACGAAUGGCGUGCUCCCAGCAGGCCUCCUGUCGUCAGAUUUCCCACCUACACUAUAUGACAUCGAAAUUUGUGUCACAAACCUGCAUACACUUCCUGACAAUCUUGACACUAAAUGGCCCCCAGCUGCAAUUAUCCAAGUCGAAUACAGCCAACUAACUACUGUUCCUGCUGUACUACCGCGACUUCAACCGUACUACCUGGCUGUGACUGGGAAUCCGAUCACGGAGCUCCCUCCAGAAGUUUUCGAGGUUGAUGGAAUGCUUUAUCUUGGAAUUAGUGAGAUGAAUAUUCGAGAGCUGCCUCGAAAUGUGACGAAAUUAUCGUCAGAUUUAUCCUGGAUCUUCAUCGGGGAGACCAACAUCUCGUUCUUCUGGGCGUGGGUAGAUGAACUGGUGAUCCGGAUGGAAGGUAGAGCGAAUCCGUGGCUUGCUGGACCUACACCGUAUUGCGACGACUUCGAGAAGAUUCUGAACGGAACUUCCUCUACAUUCCGCGUUCCAUUGUUACCUGAAUAUUCGCAGACGAUGAUGGAUCCAUCCGAAGCCAACCGACCUGUGCUAGAGAAAUCUGUCAGGUGUGAUCCAACAAUCGAAGGUUUGUUUUAUCCAUUGGAUAUUGAAGAUAGCAUCAAUGCUAUCAGUACACCACCCCCACUCGUACGAUACGUCGGAUAGAACAAAACGUCACCGUUGACACAACAUCGAGUUUCUAUAACGAAAAGGAAAUACAUUAUAAACCAUAAAACACCUCAGU